AUGUAUCAAAAUAAACAAACCCACCAGCAGGUGGUAGAGCGCGAGUUUACUUACCGGAAGGUCCGUGGUUCGAACCCGACCUCUGCCUCUCGACUUCCCCUGUCUAGCCUUAGGCAAUCUGGCAGUAACCUUCGGGUGCAACCUGCAGCAAACACCAACUUGCAGUAUACUAGUUUGAUGGUGUUUCUUCCUGUGCACUUGGUGACAUUAUUGAGUUCAGCUACGAACUGGAUACUUUACACUAUAAAAUGGCUUUCCAAGGAAUUGGACUCAGAAUACUACUUGGUUCAUUUAACAACUACUCAGUUAGAGCUCCGAUUAAAUCCGUAUCGUAUCGUAUCGUUCAGUUGUAACGCCCUUCCGGUGCCUAGCUGCAAUGCUACCCGAAGGAAGCAAGAGGGCUGGGAUACUGGCAGGACCCCAAACCUAGGCAAGGGAAGUCGAGGGGCAGAGGUCCAGUGA